CCAACGCACACGCACCCGCACACUUCACAGCUCGCACACCGCCACCCGGCAAAACCAAAGCAGAAACGGUUCCCGUACUGUUCUGCUCCCCCGGUCGAGCAGAGUUUUGCAGGUGACCAGGGCCUCAUGCGUUCUCCCAAGCAACCGGCGAAGCUCGUCAUGCUUUUACUGUUGGCACUGCUGCUGCUCUGUAACGGAGUUGGCAACGUCCAUUGCACAAGGAUCCACGAGAACAGCGUCGAUCUGCACGCGCUGCUAGACUUCAAGCAGGGCAUCAACAAUCCUCAGGAAGCCUUGAGCAAUUGGAGCACCACCACCCACUUCUGUCGAUGGAAUGGUGUCAUCUGCACCACGACACGGCCGUUUCGUGUCUUGUCGCUUAUACUCACUGAAUUGGACUUAGCAGGCCAAAUCAGCUCCUCUCUUGGAAACUUAACCUUCCUUGAAACGCUUGACCUUUCAUAUAAUAACUUCGUUGGUCCCUUACCUGUCCUUGGCCAUCUCCAACAACUCCAGACACUUUCUCUGAACAACAACAGGUUAAAUGGGAUGAUUCCUGAUUCACUUACCAACUGUUCCAGCUUGGACACUUUAGAUCUCUCUAUAAACUUCCUAGUGGGUCCAAUUCCUCCGAAUUUGGACUUGCUUUCAAAUCUUACUUACUUAGAUCUCUCAAGUAACAUGCUAGUGGGUCAAAUUCCUCCGAAACUAGUUUCUCUAUCAAAGCUGGUCACAUUAGAUCUCUCCCAUAACAUGCUAGUUGGUCCAAUUCCUCCGAAUCUGGACUUGCUUUCAAAUCUGACUUACUUAGAUCUAUCUAGAAACUUGCUAGUGGGUCAAAUUCCUCUGAAAAUAGUUUCUCUACCAAAGCUGGCCACAUUAGAUCUCUCUACUAACAUGCUAGUGGGUCAAAUUCCUCCGAAGUUAGGCUUUGUUUCAAGUCUAGAAUACUUCAGUUUGGCAUCAAACAAACUCGAGGGAAGCAUUCCUAAUGAGCUUGGGCAAUUGCCUAGUUUACAAUACUUGCUCCUGGGAGAAAAUAAUCUUUCAGGUGAAUUCCCGCAUUCCAUCUUGAACAGAAACCUUUCUGUUUCUCUCCUAUAUCUAGGCUUGGAGCUGAAUAUGCUAGGCAAGGUAUUGCCACCUAAUAUAGGUGACCUUCGGGGUCUCGUACACCUUACAAUGAGUGGCAACAUGUUUGAAGGGCACAUCCCAGCUUCCCUAGGCAACGCCACAGGAUUAAAAGUAAUAGACUUAUCAGCUAACAAUUUCACCGGGCAAAUUCCUAACUCUUUUGGAAAGCUCUCAAAUCUGACUAAUCUAAACCUUCAGUAUAACCAGCUUGAAACAAGGGACUGGGAAUUCUUCAAUGCAUUGACGAACUGUCGUUCUCUAAACUCACUCUCACUGGGUUUCAACCAGCUGCAGGGAUCUAUACCGCAGUCUGUCGGUAACCUAUCCAACAAACUAGAAAAACUUACUUUGACUCAAAAUAGCUUAUCAGGACAAGUACCCCAGAGCAUCGGCAACCUUAGUGCAUUAAAUCAACUGGCACUAGGUAUAAACAACUUAAGCGGCACAAUAGAAGGAUGGAUUGGAAACCUAAAAGGCCUUGAAGGAUUAACUCUCCGCUCAAACCGCUUCACCGGCCAAAUCCCACCCUCUAUUAGCAAUCUUACUCGGUUGAUAAAUCUUUAUCUCUAUGAUAAUCAAUUCGAGGGCCUCAUACCCCCCAGCCUGGGAAACCUCCCACUCACACAGCUAGUCCUUAGCUCUAACAAUCUUUACGGGUACAUACCACCCAGCUUAGGAAGCCUCCAACAGCUUACGUCAUUGAAUCUUAGCCACAAUAAUCUCCAAGGUGAGAUACCUCAGAUUAGCGCCCUUAAGCAACUCACUACUUUAGAUCUUUCUUCAAAUAAGCUCACAGGGAGUAUUCCAGAUUCUUUGGGCCAAUGUUACGGCUUACGGAGUCUGCAAAUGGACCAAAACUUUCUGUCAGGAAACAUCCCAAUAGCUUUUGGCAAACUGUUGUCUCUGAGUAUACUAAAUCUAUCACACAACAACUUGUCAGGCACCAUCCCGUCGGCUCUAAACAAACUAGAGUUCCUAAACCAUCUUGACCUUUCAUAUAAUCAUCUUGAAGGAAAAAUACCCAGAGAUGGAGCAUUCGAAAAUGCUACGGCUGUUUCACUUGAGAACAAUUGGGGGCUCUGCGGAGGCGCCGUGGAUCUUCACAUGGCUUCAUGCACAACCAUUUCCAAGAAAGAAGAGGAGAGACGAUACCGUUUGAUUAAAGUAUUGAUUCCAAUAUUUGGAUUCUUGUCACUGGUACUGUUGAUCUACUUUGUACUCCUUGAGAAGAAGAUGCGAAGGGCAAAUGAUACAUCAGCUUCAUUAGGCGAGAAUUUUCUGAAGGUUUCUUAUGCGGAUCUAGCACAAGCCACAUCAAACUUCUCUGAAUCUAACCUGGUUGGGAGAGGAGGUUAUGGCUCUGUCUAUCGCGGAAAGUUAAAGGAUUCUAAGGUGGAAGUGGCCGUCAAGGUUUUUGAUCUUGAAAUGCAUGGAGCUGAGAGAAGCUUUCUGAAAGAAUGCGAGGCACUGCGAAGCAUUCAGCAUAGAAAUCUUCUUCCCAUCAUAACUGCUUGCUCGACGGUAGACAAUACAGGCAAUGUUUUCAAAGCUUUAGUUUAUGAGUUCAUGCCUAAUGGGAACCUAGACACAUGGCUGCAUCACAGAGAGGACGGGAAGGCUCAUAAACAUUUAAGCUUAGCUCAAAGAUUAGACAUAGCUGUUAACAUGGCUGACGCACUGGAUUAUCUACACCAUGACUGCGGAAGACCCACCAUCCAUUGUGACCUGAAGCCCAGCAAUAUUCUUCUGGAUGAUGAUAUGACCGCUCUUUUAGGAGACUUUGGUAUUGCAAGUUUUUACCAAGAUUCCAGGUCAACAUCACCUGGUUCAGUGAGUUCAUCAUCAGUCGGUAUGAAGGGUACUAUUGGAUAUAUUGGUCCAGAGUACGCGGGAGGUGGCCGCCAUGCAUCAACUUGCGGAGAUGUUUACGGUUUUGGGAUAAUACUGCUGGAAAUGAUGACCGGAAAAAGACCAACAGAUCCAUUGUUCGAGGAUGGAGUUAGCAUUGUCGACUUUGUGGAGAGCAACUUUCCACAUGAAAUAGUUCGUGUCAUUGAUGCUAAUCUCAGUGAAGAAUGCAAGGAAUUGCUCAAUCAAAGAAGAUUUCAGAAAAUUCAGUUCAUCAAUGUUUGCUAUCUGUGCUGCAACUAGCACUUUCCUGUACGCACCCAGUACCAGGCGAAAGAAUGAAUAUGAAAGUGGUGGCCAGCAAAAUGCAUGCAAUUAAAACAUCCUAUGGGGGCUGCAAUGCGCAAGAGUGAAGAGUGUCCUUCACUAGAAUUAGAGUGACUGCGAACGUGCUAUGUAAGUGUAACAUUGUAACCAGCAUAAUGAAUCUGUAGUGUACACUUACAUGUGUGUACGUAUAUAUAUUUAAUAUAUUUUGUGUACUCCUCGGAGUAUAUGUA